UCCCCUCCCGAUACCGCCGCCUGAGCGGACGUCGGGAUUCAGAAGUUUAGGAGCCACACGUUCGUCAGUCAGUUUUUGGCUUGGCCGACUUUAUGUACUGAAUACUGGCAGUGGGGGGCUAGCUCGAGGCUGACGUGGCAGCCGUCCUAAAUGACGUGGCAUCAACAAGAGAUGCGACGCCGUGGCAUUAGGCUCGUAAGCACGGCGUUCCUCCUGGUGGCGUCGUUUUGCGCGCAGACAGCAGGCGGAGCAGGCGGAAGCAUUGGCGGGAGCAUUGGCCGAAGGGUUGGCGGAAGGGUUGGCGCAAGCAGACGGGGAUUGGCGCACUUUGUCCCCACGGAGGGUGCGCCGCCCCGCGCCCCCCUGCGCUUCUAUCCCACCAUGACUGCUCCCACCGGUCAGAACGUGCCACGUGGCGUCUCCCUGCCCAAAACUUACUACACCUCAACGCCGCAAUCAGCCAACGUUACCGGAGCCGCCACUAACGCGUCCAUCCCUUCCGAUAGUAACGCCGGUAACGCGACAGGCCGCGGUAGUAGGAGUGGCGCUACCGCCGCCGCCGCCGGCAUUACCACGUUAAAGCCGUUCGCGAGCCCGAUAGGGAUUAGUCCGAGGUGGGGCAGCUGGCAGUGUCAGAACAGCGCGUACUGCGGCGUGAUGUACGCACCGAUCGCGGUGUAUAUUAUCUGGUACGGGAAAUUCAGCUCGACCCAGAAGGCGAUGGUGCGCGCGCUGACGCGUUCGUUCAACCCCAGCUCGGAUGACUCUAUAACGGCACCUCUGUGGUGGAACAUCAACCGGCUGUACUAUGACCGCAAGGGGCGUUUUAUCUCCAGCUCCGUUACAGUUGCAGAUGAAACGGACGACACAGGGUACUCCCGAGGCGCCAGCCUCACCGAUGACGAGGUCAACUCGCUUGUUACAUCUGCCAUAAGCAGCCGAAAGUUGCCGUACGACGCCGACGGAGUGUACUUCGUUCUUUCAGAUGAAACCGUCAGUCAGUCCGCCCAGGGCUCCAGUUUCUGCACGCACUUCUGUGGCUGGCACAGCUACACUGACGUCUCUGGCAAGGGGAGGGCCAUAACCAGCUGGGUCGGCAACGCCAAGUCCAAGUGCCCCGGCAGUUGCAUCACCAGCCUGAUCUCAUCCUCCUCUGCCUCGCCCAACCGUGACAAGGGCAUGGAUGGGCUGCUGUCGGUGUACGCGCACGAGCUGGCAGAGGCCACCAGCAGCCCCUUUCUGCUGACGUGGAUGGACGACAAAGGGGAGGAGAAUGCGGACAAGUGUGGAUGGAAGUUUGGCACUACGAAACGUGAUUCCUCAAAUGCCCCGUACAAUCUAGUUGGAGUAGACGGUUACAAUUUCAUGAUUCAGCAAAACUGGGAUUUAACAAAAGGUAAGUGUGCAACUACUGUGCCUUACCCAGGCUCAAGCUCCUCGUCACCACCAUCGAAAAAAUCUCCUCCCCCGUCAGACUCUCCACCACCACCACCGCCACCACCAUUGUCAACUGGGACAGGUUUAAUUGAAUUCCUUCAAUUUCUAUGGAAGCUGUUUUUUGGAUCCAAUAACCAGCGGCCGCAACCACCAUCUCCGCCAUCUUGAAAGAUGUGUUGGAUUGUUGUGAUGUUUUUUAGCGGAUUGCCCUUCUUUGUACAGAAGUGAACAGCUCCUAAUGAAGUUGGUGAGAGCAA